UAUAUCAGAAUGUAAUAAUGAUUAUGAAUGAAAUAAAAUUGAUUGAUUGAUUGGGUCAACAAUCUCUAAAAACACAUCUCCUCAACGCCAAUCAACGGUAUCUCGGCAGCUCAAAUAAUGCAAACAAUAACUUCAACUAAUAGCCAAAUAGUAGCCGGUUUUCAAUUUUCUAUCCAAUCAAACCGUUAACCAUUGUUAUAACACUAUCAUGAGAUGUAUACAUGUAGUUGGAUUCUCCAGCUGUUUGUUGACCAUUACAGUAAUGCAUUAUUAGUGAGUUUUUAAAUAAUAAACAGACUGUUUAUCACUUUUGUGUUAGAUGUAUUACCGCUAAAAACAGUAAAAUGUUUAUUUCCGCUAUUCCGAGUCCGAGUAUUCCGAUUCCUAGUAUUCCGAGUCCGGGGAGUCCGAGUCCGAGUCCGAGUCCAGGUUUAACAGUAUGCCCAGAAUUUCAACCCUUGAAGAUUAUUGAUGUCAAACAGAGGAUGUCUAAUCCUAUUACACUUGAUGUAAGUGACAGUGGCGACAUUGCUGUGGUUAAUAAUCACGAUUUCAACAAUGAUUUCCGUGUUGUGUUGUUCAAUGCUGAUGGAGAGUAUUUGCGAGACAUUGGUGGUGUAGGAUCAGGAGGUCAGCUGAGUGAUCCAUAUGGAGUCAUCUUCAAUAAGGACAAAGUAGUUAUCACCGAUAAUCCAGGUGAUUGUGGCUGUAUCAAGUUAUUUGACAUCGAUGGUACCUACAAAAGAACUCUUUGCACACUCGCUAGAGGAAUGUUAUUGAAAAGAAUGUGUACAGCCAAUCAAACCAUCGCGUGUUUGUGUUACGACCAGAAUACUAGAGAGACAUUUAUAAAGGUCUUUGAUAAAGACAGUUAUGAUCACCUUCAUGACAUCAAACUGCAUGAUCCUAAUGAUCGUCACAUGCGUCCUUUCUCAUUAGUUUAUGAUAACAAUAAGUACUUUGUGUCGUUUUCGACUCCCAACACUGUUUGUAUUUUUGACGAGAACGGUAGUCUGUUAUACACAUUUGGAAUGAAAGGCAACAAAGAAGGUCAGUUUAACGAUGUACGUGGACUUGCUGUGUUUGGUAAAGAAAUGCUUCUUGUCUGUGAUCUAAAUAACCACCGCAUGCAAGUCUUCAGUCAAGACGGUCAGUUCAUAAGGUCCUUUGGUAGCUAUGGUUCAGGUCUUGGACAAAUGAAAAAUCCUUAUGACGUUGCUGUUACACCAGAUGGUCGAGUAUUUGUGCUUGAGAACCGUAGCAAACGAGUGCAGGUGUGGAAAUGAGAUCUGUUGACUGCCUUCAUAGCGAUGUACCCAUGAAACACAUACUAACUGUUACACACCAAAUAUGUACAAUUGUAGUCACAGAGAACAUGAGUUAUCCUCCGUAGAAGCAGAACGUUUGUUUCUAUCAUAUUUUAGAAGGACCAAAAUCCCAGGUAAAACAUAAGCUAUAAUCCCAUUGAAAGUUUGAGAAUUAUAUUCAUCAUGGGAAAUUGAAAUUUUACUUUCUUAGGAUUUUUCACUCAAAAACCUUGUUCAUUAUACUCCGUAUAGAAAAUUACAAUUCAGAGUAAUUAUGAGACUCAAUGUAAUUUUUAAGUAAAUUUUGAUGUUAGAGAAUAAAAGAAUUUGAGUAAAAAACUGUCUGAACCAUCAAUCACACUACUGACGUC